AUGAGUUCUGACAGCUCUGACGACGACAGACCUCUUGCUAGGCCUAAUGGACACCUUUCAUCUGCUAAGGUAUCACGCGCCGAGGACGAGGCCUUGGAUCGUUCACAGCCCCGAAAGUCGAGUGGUAUGGCCGGCAUUGCGGUUCGCAAUGGUCCAGUCGAUAACGCCAUGGAUCUGGACGCUCCGAACGGUGUCAACAAGCGCAAGUCACGAUCAUCUAUCUCUCAAGUCAAUUACAGAGAUGUAUCCGAUAGCGACGGUGAGCCCCUGGCCAAACGUCCAAGACCUACUGCCAGACCAGUCAACUCCGACUCCGACGAUGAGCCAAUCAGCAAAAUCAAAGCAAAGAAGAAAUCAUCGUCCUUACUGGCUGAUUCGUCUGAUGAUGAGAAGCCACUAGGCGUCCAGUUGGCGAAGAAAAAGGCUGCCAUUGAAAAGAAGGCAGCGAAUGAAGCACAGGCCAUUCGCUCAAACGACUCAAAUUUGGCCAAGUCGACUCCUAAGAAGAACGUCAAGGACGAAUCUGAUGAUGAACCUUUGAACAAAUCGUCCAUUAAAAAGCGCCAGUCGAAUGGUGCGUCGGUCAAACGCAAAAAAUCCAAUGGCAUCAAAAAAGAAGAGUCUGACUCGGACGCCCCUAUUUCGAAGAAGGCCAAAGCUACAGGCAAGACCAAGACGCUUGCCAAGGGCAAAGGCGCCGCUACGGCCAAGGACUCUAAGAAGGCCAAUUCCAAGGAGACGAGUGACGACGAAGAAGAAUAUCAAUGGUGGAAUGCACCAAAGCCCGAGGAUGACAGUAUCAAGUGGCAGACUCUCGAGCAUAAUGGGGUUCUCUUUGCCCCAGAAUUCGAACCUCUUCCAAAGAAUGUCAAGCUCCUUUAUGACGGCAAGCCAGUUACUCUGAAUAAGGAGGCUGAGGAGGUGGCGACUUUCUGGGUUGCCAUGAUGACACCUGCCUCCUCACAUCACUUGGAAAAUCCAGUCUUCCGUAACAAUUUUUUUACCGAUUUUUCGGACAUCGUGAAGAAGAAUGGCGGUGCUACAGAUCGAGAGGGAAACAAAGUUCAUAUCAAGAGUCUGGACAAGUGUGACUUCUCCAAAAUUUACGAUUACUGGCUCGCUAAGACAGAGGCGAAUAAAACAAAGAACUUGUCAAAAGAGGAGAAAGAAGCUGCCAAGGCAAAGAAAGAUGCUCUUGAAGCGCCGUAUCUCUACUGUGUGUGGGAUGGCAGAAAGCAAAAAGUUGGCAACUUCCGAGUUGAACCGCCAAGUCUUUUUCGGGGUCGUGGCGAGCACCCCAAGACUGGUCGUGUCAAGACUCGAGUUUUCCCCGAGCAAAUUACCAUCAACAUUGGCAAGGACGCCAAAGUCCCGGAACCUCCUGCCGGACAUAAAUGGAAGGCCGUUCAGCACGAUCAGAAGGCCACUUGGCUUGCCAUGUGGCAAGAAAACAUUAACGGCGCUUACAAGUAUGUGAUGCUUGGUGCUGCCAGUGAUGUUAAGGGCCAAAGUGAUUACAAGAAGUUCGAGAAAGCCCGUGAGCUGAAGAAAUACAUUGGCAAGAUUCGCAAGGACUAUACCAGGGAACUAAAGAGUGAAAUCAUGGCUGAUCGCCAGCGAGCCACAGCAAUGUAUUUGAUUGACAAACUUGCCCUCCGAGCCGGAAACGAGAAAGAUACUGAAAACGAGGCUGAUACUGUGGGUUGCUGUUCCCUGAAGUAUGAGCACAUUACACUUGAGCCACCUGACAAGGUCACGUUUGAUUUCUUGGGUAAGGACAGCAUUAGAUACAACGAAACUGCCUUCGUUGAACCUCAAGUCUUCAAGAAUUUGAAACUCUUCAAGAAGGCACCAAAAACUGAUGGAGAUGAUCUUUUCGACCGUCUGACUACCUCUCAACUCAACAAGCAUCUCAACAGUUACAUGACGGGUUUAACGGCGAAAGUAUUUCGUACUUACAAUGCUUCUUACACCAUGUCAACAUUGUUGAAGGAGCUGUCGCAAGAUCCUCGAUCGAGAGGCAGCAUUGCUGAGAAGGUGAAACUGUAUAAUGACUGCAAUCGCAAGGUUGCCAUUCUCUGUAACCACAAGCGCACUGUCGGUGCAAGUCAUGAGCAACAAAUGCAGAAAAUGGGUGACAGAAUUAAAGGAUUGCGAUACCAAAAAUGGCGAACUAAGAAGAUGAUACUUGAUCUCGAACCUUCUUAUAAGAAAAAGAAAGGGGCUAGUUGGUUUGAGCUCGACGAUGAUCUUGACCAGGCCUGGAUCCAGGAGCAUCAGCAAUUUCUCAUCGAGGAGCAACGCACCAAGAUCACCAAGAAGUUCGAGAAAGACAAUGAAAAACGCAAGGCCAACAAGGAGAAGCCCAUGCCUGAAAAGGAACUCAAGGAGCGCCUCCAAGCAGUCAAGGAACUUGAAGCCAAGUUCAAAAAGGAGAACAAAACUGGCAAGGUUGAAGCAGAAGGCAGAGGGGCAUCCGUUGACAAGUGCCUUAAGGCUAUCGAGAAGCUCGAUGAGCGAGUCAAAGUUCUCGAAACCCAAGCCGAAGAUCGUGACGGAAACAAGGAAGUCGCGCUGGGCACUUCGAAGAUUAACUACAUUGAUCCUCGUUUGACUGUUGUAUUUUCGAAGAAAUUUGACGUGCCGAUUGAGAAGUUCUUCUCCAAGACCCUUCGGGACAAAUUUCGAUGGGCCAUUAAAUCAGUCGAAGAUGCUGAUGACUGGGAAUUUUGA